UGAUUAACGUUUCAUGCAAAGAAAAGGAAAUUUAAUGUUACAUUAUCUAAAUUUUGCCAAAAUAAAUUUAAUCUUUUAACAAUGAAAAGGUUGAAUUUCAUGUUGUUAAAUAAACUAAAACUAUUAAUAGGUUUUUCAAAAAUCGUUAUAAUUGCAAGUGUCAAAGAUAUUUUUCUCGAGCUUAUAACGUGAACAGAUGCAAUGCACAGAAUAAAUAUAGUUAAAAUAUAAUAAUAUUUUAAUUAGGUACAUCUACUCUGUUUAUGUAUGUUUAUAGAGUUUAUAAGUUAUAAAAUGAAACUUUUUAAAUAUUGUAAGUUAUAAUAGUAGUGAUAUGUGAAGUUAUGGUAAUUAAAAAGUCAUUUCUCGUACAGUAUUGAAAUCCAAUUAGUUUUCCAAUAGGAUAUUGAAUGAAAGCCUUGGCAUUAAAAGGAAUCGAUUAUGAAUAUAAAGCUGUGAAUCUCAUCAAAGAUGGUGGUGAACAGCAUUCUGAUGAAUAUAAGAAAUUAAAUCCUCAGCAGAAAGUUCCUACAUUAGUUAUUGAUGGAAAUGUCUUAACAGAUUCUAUCUCAAUUUUAGAAUAUCUUGAAGAAAAAAGACCAUUACCACCACCAUUACUACCAACAGAUGCUGCAGCAAGGUCAAAAGUUAGAACAAUCGUAAAUUGCAUUGCCUCAGGAAUUCAACCAAUACAAAAUUUAGCAGUAUUACAAUAUUUAGAUGAAGAUAAGAAAUCAUCUUGGCCCAAAUAUUGGAUAACUGAAGGUUUCAAAGGUUUAGAAAAUAUAUUGGCUAAAACUGCAGGUGAUUAUUGCUAUGGAGAUCAAAUAACAUUAGCAGAUUUGUGCCUUGUUCCACAAGUUUAUAAUGCUGAAAGAUAUGGAGUAGAGAUGUCAGAGUUUCCUAUUAUAUCUCGUAUCAAUGGGAAACUUCUUUCUCAUGAGGCAUUUAUCAAUUCUCAUCCAUCUUGUCAACCUGAUACACCUAAGAUUUAAGUUUAUUUCAGAUUUUGUAUUUUUUCAUUUAAAAAUGAAUGAAUUUGUUAUAAUGUAUUUUUUAUGAAAAAUGUAAUAUUUUUAUGUAAUUAUAUCCCAUAUAAAAUAAACUUUAGGACUGAA